GGGAAGGCAGACGAUCUCGAACACCCACUGGCGCAGCAUCUUCAUCGGUUCCUUCCCAUUUUUUACAUCUAGAAAUAUCUCUCUCAUCCCAUCUCCUGUGACAGCAUCAUCAUGGUUGCAGCAAAGGUCCUGCUUUUGGUGGGUGUGGUCUCGAUGGGCGUGGCCUCCGCCUUGCCCCGCCUCGUGAAGAGAGAUUCCACCCCCUUCGCCUACGAGCUCCCGUCGAACGCCUCGCGGAUCGUCGGGAACAUCAACACGGGCUUCGACUGCUCCAACCUGGGCUACGGUUACUACGCCGACCAGGCCAACGGCUGCGCCAUCUUCCACAUCUGCCACCCGUACCAGGAUCCCGAAGGAAACUUCUUCACUAGGAUGUUCUCCUUCUUCUGCGGCGAAGGAACCAUCUUCGACCAGUCCACCCUCACCUGCAACUUCCCCGAGUACGCCCUGCCUUGCGAAGCCGCCGCCAGUUACUACAACAUCAAUGGUUACUUUGGCAGAGAGGAUGUUCAGUUCCGCGAUGGUUCUGUCGAUGGUAUAUUCUAGGUCCGAUUAGUUCCUUAUGCCAAUUUCAGUACCAGACACUGGUUUGUUUGGUACGUAGAUAUAGGUGAGGAACUUGUGUUGUAACAUGUUUCAACCUCUUUGUCUCAUCGUUGUGAUUUUAAUGUAUGUGUGUGAUAAAGCUGUGAAUAUUGUGAAUGAACUUGUGUUCGAUUA